GAAACUCAUUCAGUCCCUUCUGAAUGGAGAGUCUUUAACGUGAGAGUGGAGGACUUAACUUUCUGCAUGAAAAUAUGAGAGCCCUGCAUUUGGUCCUGGUCGGUGCCUGUCUGGCCCUGCUGCUCUGCUUCCCCAACCACUGUCAUGGAGAAUCCUACUUUGGGGACAGCUUCUGCCGUUUACCAGCUAUCCAAGAUGUCUCCACCUUCCAGCUGUCGCUACAGAUCAAGACAAGUCGGCGAAGUGGGCUGCUGCUCUUGGCUGCUGGAACGGAGGACUACCUGUUUCUUGAGCUACAAAAUGGAAAAAUCCAGGCACGAUUGAACAUAGGAGCUGGUGAGGUGUCACUGUCCUCAUCUCAGGGAGUACAGCUGAACAACCUGAUGGAUCACAAAAUAUCACUCACACUGCAGGAAGGGAAACUCACCAUGAUAAUUGAUGAACUCUUCCCAACAUAUGUUCCUGUGAACGGCAAAGGGAACUGGCUUUUUGAUCUCGGCAUUUGGCUUGGAGGAACAGAAGAGCUAGAUGUUCCCUACCUCAGCAAAGCCAUUCCCCCUUUCCGUGGAUGCAUGUCUGAGGUCAAAUUUGAGUCCCAUCAGUUCGACAUUCUGAGCACAGUGUUCAAAAAAUGCCGUGACACAAAAGAAUCCUGCAGCAGUGAGUUUGAGGCUAAUAAUGGCGAGGCAACUAGUUUCAGCACUCCUUAUUCAUUUGUGUCUUUCCCCACCUGGAGCGGGACCGGUGGUGCUCCAAGGGUCCUGGAGAUUCUAAUGAAGACCACCAUUGAUGAUGCGUUACUUGUUUUCCACCCUGGUCGAGACUCAGACUUCAUUGCUAUUGGUGUUUCAAAAGGCUAUCUGAAAGGUAUACUGGACAUCGGCAGUGGCAUGGAGGUACUGGAGAAUAUCCAGGUGAAGCUGGAUGAUGAUCAGUGGCACAGAGUUAAGGUUGAGGUCAACCAGGAUUCUUUUGUCCUUUAUGUAGAUAGUCAGUCUUCCUCUAUGCCUCUUGACUCAUCACAAAAACUGGACUUGGUUGGAAACCUGUACUUAGGAGGCAUCCAAGAGAAAAUGAAGGAUGUCUUCCGUGAGAGUGGAUCCUUAAAUCGUGCAGAGGAGGAAAUAACAGCUGAAUCUUUCAUUGGGUGUUUGGGGGAAAUCAAAAUAAAUCAGAAGGAUAGAAGCCUGCAGGAUGUCUUAGUGACCAAAGAUGUGCAUCUUAAAUGUGAAGGAGAGGACUAUGACUACUCAGGCUAUGACGAAGUAGAUGCAACUACAACUCCUCCACCCAUCCGAUAUGUUGAUAUGAACUUGAAUGAGAAGCAUUGCUACCCAACAGAUGACACACCAGAGAUAUUCAAAAAUGUAGCAAGACUUCUUGAUAUCACCCCAUUGCAUGUGCCUGAAGGUGGUAACGUUUUCCUUGAUAUCGACCACUUAAAACCUACAUUUGACCUGAGUGCUGCAGGAACGCGACAGUCUCAGAUUGUCUUUACUCUUCAGGAAGAUCCCUGGUAUGGAGUAGUUGAUAUGAACAUUAACACAAAACGCACACAAAAGUUCACUCUUCUGGAUGUUGUCAAUAAGAAAAUUAAGUAUAUUCAUGGGGGAAAUGAAAGGCAUGAAGAUCAAAUCAGGCUGGAGGUGGUCGCUCACAGUUACAACUACCUUCCAGAAUGUCUAAAAAGUCAUCACAAGUAUGUCCUCCCAGUUGAAAUUCUUCCCGUCAAUGAUAUACCACAACUUAAUGCAGGAGAAAUCAUCAUCACAGAAAAUGGCCGGACACGUUUGAGUCCCAGCCUUAUCAAAAUCAUGGAUUCUGACACCCGUUGUGAUGAAUUAGUAGUAACUGUAACCUCAGAGCCUUCCAUGGAAGUUGGCUACUUAGAAAAUGGUCAGCAGCCAGGGAGAAGCAUCUCAGAGUUCACUUGCAGGGAGCUGAAGGAUGGAAAUAUCUAUUUUGUACACCGAAGGGGUAGGGCUGCUGAAAUUAUCUUGGAAGUGUCUGAUGGACAGUCAGUGAGCCAUUCAACUACUUUAAAGUUGUCUGUGACACAGCCACAUAUAACUAUUGUCACCAACACUGGCCUUCUACUGCCUCAAGGAAGCAACGCAUCCAUAAGUAUUCACAAUCUGGACGUCCUCGCUCAUCCUCCUAAUGGAGAUAGUAUGUACAACAUCACACAACCUCUGAACUUUGGAGAAGUGCAGAUUCUCACACAUGAUGGAAUAUACAAGCAGGUUACAACUUUCCAUCAAUCUGAUCUGGAUCAAAACCGCCUUCGAUACAUCAGCACAAACUCAAGUGACCAGGAAGAUGUUGUGGUGGAGCGCAUUCAGUUCGACACCCACCUGGGGCAGUUCUCCCUUUGGAACAACACCUUCUUGGUAAAGAUAAUCCCUGCACAAGUGAAAGUUUCUAACCUUAUUCCGCUGGAGAUGGAGGCUGGUGAAGAGCAAACAAUUGGAUUCACAGAGCUUCAGGUCCAAGUAAAAGGGAAGAAUCCAGAUCCACAAACUGUAAAAUAUAUCCUUGUCAAGCCUCCAACACUGGGUAGUCUCCAGCUGCUAGACAAAGAACUUGCUGAGGGUGAUAUGUUCACCCAGAAGGACAUUUUGGACAAUACUGUUAGCUACAGGGCUCAGGUGCAAAGAGCUGUGGAUAGUGUAGACCAGUUUAAGUUCAGAGUUUUUGCUGAUGAUCAGUACUCUCCUCUGUACACCUUCCCAAUUACCAUCCUUGCCAAUGCAGAUGCUCCUGUUUUGACCAAUGAGAGACUGGUUGUCUUCGAGGGUGGUGAGCAUACUGUGAACAAAGACUAUCUCUGGAUGCAGUCACCGAUUUCAACCAAUUUUGUUUACCGGGUCACACAAGGGCCAAAGUACGGCCGACUGAUAAGAGACUCUCCUCCCGGGCAGCCUAGGUUUGAGGGGGCAAUUCAACUUUUCAGUAAUGAAGACCUCCAACUAGAAAGGCUCAUUUACAAGCAUGAUGGCUCCAAAACAAGCAGUGAUGAGUUUCAUUUCUCAGCAUUUGAUCAAGGAGCAGAAAAUUCAGACAAUCCGGAGACACUGAGUGGUGUUUUCAGGAUAUCAAUCCAAACUAAGAAUGAGCACGUUCCUGUGAGAGUUGUGGAUAAAGUGUUCAACGUUGUCCGCCACGGUCAGCGUCUGCUAACAACUGAUGUCAUCCAGUUUCAGGAUGAAGACUUGGAUUUAAAUGACACCCAAGUUGUUUAUGCUCGUGAGGGAAUCCUUUCAGGCAAUAUCGUCUCAACAUCUAAACCAUCACAGCCUCUUUUUCGUUUCACACAAGCCGACCUGCGAGACAAAAAGGUCCUCUUCAUUCACCAUGGAGCAGAUCAGGAACGCUUCUCACUGCAGGUGUUAAAUGGAUUCCAUAAGACCACAGCACUGCUUCAGAUCCAGGCAGGUGAGCCCUAUCUGCAGGUGGUGAACAACACAAUCAUUGUUAUCGACCAUGGAAGCACUAAGACCCUUAACACCACCCUUCUGAGUGCUGCCUCCAACAUGGACAUUAGAGAAGACAGUGAAAUCAGGUUCCAGAUUACAUCACCCCCCAGAGAUGGCAGGAUUAUUGUGAGUGGGAUUGAGGCGUCAGUAUUCACCCAGGAGGACCUGAAAAAAGGGGUCGUGUCAUAUAUGCAUAAUUAUGAGAGCCUGAGGUCCAAGGACUCCUUCAGCUUCGUUGUCCAAGCAAAAGGACAUUCAGAAGAGGGUACAUUCAGGAUUAAAAUAUUCAAGCAAGGUUACCUCUCUGAGCCUGAGGUGAUAAACAAUGAGGUUAUUAUUUCCUAUGAGGGAGAGCACACCAUAAUCAACGAGGAUUAUAUCAAGGUUGAGCAUGCUGAUAUUCUGCCUACAGAAAUGGUUUUCACCAUUAAAGAUCCUCCUAAGUUUGGGCACGUGGUCAGGCUGACAAACAGUUCAGACGACAGUGCCUCUCCUGUCCUCAACUUCACGCAGGAUGACAUUGAUCAGGGCCUCAUUCUCUAUGUGUCUGCAUUCAUCCAGGGCAGUGAUGCCUUCACAGUGGAUGUCGGUAAUGGUUUUACCACAUUGGAGGACCUGCAGAUCUCUCUGAACAUUGUCCCCCGGUUCAUCCCCGUACAAACCUUCAACUUUACAGUAAAGGAAGGCCUCAACAGGGCAAUUAAUGUGGAGAUUAUAAACAUCUCGCAUCCCUUCUACAGCUCAGCAAACAUAGACUUUUCUGUGGACGAGCCGCCACAGCACGGGGACAUCCGCUACCUGGAUGGAGACCAACUUACUUAUUUCACUUGGGAAGAGGUGAAACGUGGACACAUCUACUACAUGCAUGACAGCACAGAGAGCACAGAGGACAGUUUUACACUCUCUGCCUCGGCUUAUGAGAUUGAGCGUCGGAGUCUCCCUGUCACCAUCUCAGUGACUAUCAUACCAGUCAACGAUGAGCCGCCAAAAGUGACAAGCAACACGGGACUGGAGGUUCUUGCUGGAGAGGAAGCUGAUAUCACCUCCAGCAUGCUGAACACUGAGGAUGCCGAUACCCCCUCAGAGGAACUGGUUUACCAUGUUGAGGUGCUAAUCAAUGGGAUGGUGGCGUUGAAAGAGGCGCCCAAGGAGAGCAUCCUGAAUUUCACGCAGGCUCACAUAAACAAAGGAGAAGUCAUCUUUAUUCAUGAGGGUGAGGAGACUGGUGGUUUCACUUUCACCGUGACAGAUGGCGAGCACACAACUCCUCUCUACCGAUUUGAUGUCACAGCCAGGCCAUUCACCAUCACCAUGGUAACACAGGAGGAGCUUGUGGUAUUUCCAGGCACGAGGCAGCCCAUCACAAGCGCCAAUCUGGGAGCUGUAACCAGCGAGGAUGGAAAUGAGAUAAGCUACUCACUUAUCCGCCCACCUCGUUUGGGAAGACUCAUCGUGGCCAAUGACAGGAACCAGUACGAAGAAACUACCAGCUUCUCACAAUCACAGCUGGAGUCAGGAUCAGUAUAUUAUGAGCACCAGCUACCUGAGGAGCCUUUCUGGGUUGUGAGAGACUCCAUAGAGCUCACUCUGUCAUCGCAGCCAGCCCCAGACGUCCGCCACAUUUUGCCUAUCACCAUCUCUUACUCUGCCGCUCACAGCAACGUCUCACAUUUGUGGAAGAACAAAGGUCUUGAAAUUGUGCAGGGUCAGAGAAAAGCCAUUGAUGAUUCAGUUCUUGAUGCCUCAAACCUUCUGGCUAGCCUACCCGAGGCUAAGCAAGGUGACUUGGAUGUAGUUUUUGACAUUAUCCGUUUCCCCGCCCAUGGUCGUAUCACUCUGGAUGGUCAGGACCUGCCUCGUAAUGCCCCAUCCUUCAUGCAGAAAGACGUAACACAAGGAAAGGUGGAGUAUCUCCAUGAUGACUCGGGGGCUUCCUUUGACAGCUUCUCUUUCACUGCUCAAGUAAAGACUGAGGGCCAUGGUGUGGCCUCACCUAAUGAGCUGGUCCUGGAGGAGGCCUUUAACAUCUCAAUCAAACGCAGAGGCUCUGAUCCUCCUGAGCUAGUCACCACAGACAUGCUCUUGGAGGUUAUUCAAGGCUCCAUGACCAUCUUGACCCAGAAGCAUCUUAACACUCAAGAUGAGGAUAAUCCUCCAAAUGAGGUCCACUUUCAAGUGACCAAAACACCUAGCAACGGUCGACUAGUCAACUCACUCACAAUGGACCCCAUCUCUGAGUUCACACAGGAGAUGGUCAAUCGGGGGCACGUGGGCUUCUACAGUGAUGAAAGCCUUGCUGACGGCUUUAUGGAAUUCAUUGUGUCAGAUGGAGAACACCAAACAGAGUCACACAUGCUCCACAUCAGCAUCCUUGCUCACACCCUGUUUCUUGACAAAACUCCUGAAAUCAAGGUGAAGCAAGGAGAUGAUGAAACCCUGGUGACUGAAGAGAUGUUGAGGGCCACUACCAGGGGCCCUGUUGAGGAGGACAUUCUUUACAAAAUCACAAGUGUUCCUAAGUAUGCAGUAGUCAUGGUAGACAGGCAGCCCACAUCGGCCUUUACCCAGAAACAGAUCAAAGAAGGUCGAGUCAGCGUCCGCUUUGUGAAGUCCACUUCACCUCGAGAUAGUGUUGCAUUUGUAGCCCGCAGUCGGGCAGCUAACGUCUCCUCUGUUCUCAACAUCACAGUCCAGCCUCUGGCCAACAUUGCUCAGGAUCCUCUCUUACCCCAAGGCACUCUUGUCCAGCUGGACAAAAAGCUGCUGGAUGCAACUCCUUUGGCAAACAAGACAAGAACCUCCCCCACGUUCACUGUCAUCCAACAACCACAAAGGGCUCUUUUUGUGAAGUCUGGUGGUCCUGGUGAAGGCCAGCCAGUGGCCACGUUCAGCCAGAGGGACUUGGAUGAGGGUCGUGUAGCUAUGGAAAUCCUAAAUGGGUCUUCUGGGUCACAAGGUGGUGUCAGUAAGGAUGAGGCCCGCUUCCUGCUCAAAGCCCAUGGGGUGCCUCCUGCAGAAUGUGUGCUUUCCUUCCAGACGGGCCCUUACAAUGCCUCUGGGAUUUACCCUGCCACUCUGUUGAGGCUUCCCUCAGAAACUCCAUCAAAAGAGAGUAAUGACAUCCCUGGUGUGGCUGGGUCCCCUUAUGCCACUCCAGAUGGCCCCCGAUGGAGGGGCAAUGUGGACUGGCCCCAUGGUGCCCCAACUACAGCAUCUCCUGGCUCUGGCUCCCAUGGGAGACCGCAUGUUUCCCGGCGCAGCAACUUCUGGUCUAUUCUCAUCCCCAUCCUGGUAAUCCUCCUCCUCUUGCUGCUGGCAGGGCUCUUGGCCUACUACCUGAUCCGUAAAAACAAGACAGGAAAGCAUGAUGUCCAGACAGCAGCCUCCAAGCCCAAAAACGGAGAGGUGGCCAGCACAGAAACCUUUCGGAAAACUGACCCGGCUAAUAACAUCCCUAUGUCCAACAUGGACUCCAAAGACACAGACCCGGAGUUGUUGCAGCACUGUCGGACAACGAACCCAGCCUUGAAAAAGAACCAGUACUGGGUCUGAGAUACUCUGAGAUACAGUAGGACACAGACAGAGGAGGAUCCUCAAGUGUUUGGGAGCCUCCUUCGCAUCAUUCCUGUCAGUAUUAAAGACCUCUUGCCACAGCAGUUUAAAUAAAAAAAGACACAAUUGGUUAUUUACUUAUCACACAUAACUGUGGACACUUCUCAGGCAAUGAAACACUGAAUACUUAUUGGCAAAGAAAGAGGCAGUUUCCUAUCUAUCAAUCUUUGGAGGCUCAGGCCAUGGCUAUUUAUUUUAGUUUGAUCAUUCCUCUUUGUCAAAGGGCACAAAUGAAGACAUAAACAUGUCAUGUGUUUGCAAAAAGAAUUUUGGGUGUGCUCUGUCAUUUUAUUCCAUAUGAUAUCAUAGGCCAAUCUUAUUCGAGUGGAUAGUUAAUUUAAAAACUGGAUAAUAAUUUUAUUUUAGUUUUUAGUCCAGUUGUAAGCGUGUACAUAAAUGAUGAGGUAACUAUCGAAAAAAUGACUAACUGUCUCUUACUGUUGUUUCUUUGCAUUUGUUUUAAAAGUACCAUUGUAUGUUGUUUCUCAGGGCUAAAUUCAGUGUAAAGAAACAGGUUGACAAUUUGGGAAAUGUUUAUUUUCUUUCUUGCCAUAAAUUGUAAGUGUCUGUCAAAUAUGAAACUACAGCUACUAGAAAUAUCAAUCUUCCCAUCUAAAUUUCAAAAAGUGAGUUACAGUAGCAUAUUGUCCAAAAUGCUGAGCUGUUACUUUAAUGUCAUCACACAAGAACAUUUAAGUCGUUUUGUGUGGAAAGAAGAUGUAUAAUACUAACAGUUUAAAAUUAAAAACGUGCACCUUUUUGAUUGAAUUUAGCUCUGAGUCAAGUCAUUGUCUGUCACAUGUUAUUACUUCUGCAUGCUUCCAAAGUACCUGUAAAUACUCACUGGACUGGCACAGCACUGACCGCAAAACUAAACAGAACACAGCUGGCAGACCACAGGCAGGACAUUAUUUCAGUAAGGUCAGUCUUCAGCACAUCCGUAUUGGCUGAUGGGCAGGGGUGAGGUCAUCUCAGCCUGGGAUGUUUGCAGGCUGAUAAAAACCGGUUGGAGCUCGGGUAUGGCCAAUGAAUUUUAAGCUCCACUAGUUAUGUUAUAUUGAUUUUAAAUGAAGGCAGAGUUUAGGUCUUCAAAGAUAUUUUUAAGCAUUCCACACCUAAAGCUGAAGAAAAGCGUUAACUGUAGAUGAUUCACAUCUGAUGUCUUUUGUUUGUUUGCCACUCUGACCUGUCGCAGUUAAGCCAUCUUACUGCUGAAUGAAGCGCAUAAAGUGUUCAGUGACAAAUUCAGAAAGACCCAGCUGACCUAUAGUGUUUUGAUGAAAAGUGUGACUAUUUGCUGUACAUUUCUCAUACUGUACUCUCAUACUGAAUAUACAGCAGCUUUUUGCAUAUUCAUUGCAUAGAUUUUUAUAGUUUUUUUUUUUUUUUUUGAGAGCAGGAAAUAUAGGUACAGAGUUUACGGACAGCACAGGGCUCAGGAAGUUUCAUUAUCUCCUACAGAGAGCUGAAACUGAGAAUAUGACAUUUACAUUUUACAUUUUAUGUGUAACAUUUUGUUUCUAAGAUUUUUGGACUUCACGUCUCUCAUAUAUAUCAUGUUUCACAUUGGUGGUACAUGUAGCCACAUUUAAUGAGACUGAUAAACUACAAAGUAAGUGUGAGCAUGUGUGACUCAUUGUGUGUUUGUGCAGGUGUCCGUCUCACUUUUCUGUGUUCUGUUUGCUGUAGGUUGAGUUCUUUGUAGAGUUUCACCACCACCCCUUCACUUUUCAUUAUUUAUUAUUUCUGUCUCUCCCCACACAUCAACUGAAGUUAUGUGCUCAGUCAAAACUGUUAUCUGUAAACUGAAGGUGCCUCUGAAAAUAGCUGUAAUACAAAGCUAUGUUUACAUCCUGGAACAAAUUAAGUUUCUAUUAAAGCUGCAGUAAUGCUCUGAGCUUGUUGUCAGCACUAAUAGAAAUAAAAUGUUCAUG